AUGCGUAAGAGAGAGCCACCACCAGAUAAUGAUGAAGAGUUGGCAGGAAAGACAUUAGAUCGUGCAAAUAUGAUGGCUAUGGAUCAAUUGGUCGAUUCAACAACAAGAUUACUUGAUCACACAAAAAAUUUACGCAACCAUAUUAGAAGUGAUGUUGAAAGACUCGAUAUUGCAUUAGAUUCCGGAUACCAAGCUAAUGACUUUAUGGAGCAAGGAAAAAACUUUGUUAAAGCUAUUGCAGAUGAUCCAACUGGAAUUGGUGUAAUGAAAAUCGCUCUCGUGACAUUCUUUUCUUUAUGCAUAUUAUACUUUGGUGGGAAAAUGAUUUUUAAGCUCAUAUUUAGGAAAUGA